ACAGGGUUGGGCCAGUUACGGAGCUGUCAGUCUUCAAAUUGAAUCUGUGGCCUCUGUUCCCGUCAAUUGUGUUUAACACUGCACCUUGAGCACCUCAGGAUUACCGUGUGAACCGGCACAUUUCCCCAACAUGCAACCGGCUCUCGUCGUGAUCUGGCUGGCCGCUUUACAACAAUCCAUUCCGGUCAAUUGUUUCCCUGUACACCUAGACCUGUCGCCGCCGCACAGGACAAUCAAAGGAGUCCUCGCGCGCUCCCAGUCUGUCGAUACACGACAUUAUUUAUGGAAGGUGAAUUUGAAUGGACAUGUAAAGAAAGCCAUCUUCACAAACUCUCUCGUUGUCCUCCCAAUAAGAACAGAAACAAGUGACUUUGUGUCAAUAUUGGACUUGAAAAGUAAACGUUUCUUAUGUGUCGACGUCGAGGAUAAGUGGUUCAGUUCUAUGAUGUUCAGCAGGAAAGAGUGCCUUUUCCAGCACAGGCGGAUGGAGAACCAUGUUGACGUGUUCUAUUCAUCCAGCAAUGGACUGUUGCUCCUACUGGAUGGGGCUGAGAUCCCUGUGAAAGGGUAUGACUUGUUAAAGAGACGCAUGGUUUACAGAAGGAAGAGGAGCCAACAGGAGAACCCAAAUGCAGACUCCAUGCAGGAUCAGGACCUGGCUAUGCAACAGGACCAAGAACGAGCUGGAGCCAUUUCCAAGGAGACCAUCACUUCUUGUGACGACCCUUUGCGGGUGUUGCAUUCCAAUAGCCCAGGCAGUCCUACCAAAAUGGCUGUGCAAAAGGCAGACAAAGUGGCCCAGGGUGGUCUAGCGGUCUAAGCAGAUGCCUCCGGCACAAGUCUACGGUGUUGUCAUAGGUUUGAAUCCAACCUACUGCCUUCUCUCUUUCCCUACUAUCUUCCCUACUAUCAUCCUCUCUCUUUAUCUUAGGGGUAAGCAACCUUGUUCCUGGAGUGCUUGCAGGAUUUUGCCCCAACUUGGCAUCACACCAGACCAAAUGAGCUAAUUGACUUAAUUCAACAUACCUGGUCUUCCAAGUUGGUUAUAUCAAAAACAAGUCCUUGCGUCACUCCAGAACCAAGGUUGCCUAGUCCUGCGCUAACUGUUCAAUAAAGUCAGAAAAUAGCUUAAAAAUAUAUUUAAAAAAUGGAAAAUGCAGAUAAAGAGUGAAGCAUUGGCCAAUGGCUUGACUCGUACGGCCAGAGAAAUGAGCUUUGAAUUUGAAGCUUGUCUGGAAAAUGUUUAAACUUUUUGCUAGAUAACAUUAAGGGAUAUACAGUAAUGCCAUGCACCAGUCAAAUCAAAUUCAAAUCAAAUCAAAUUUAUUUAUAUAGCCCUUCGUACAUCAGCUGAUAUCUCAAAGUGCUGUACAGAAACCCAGCCUAAAACCCCAAACCGCAAGCAAUGCAGGUGUAGAAGCACCAGUGCCUCAAUCCUCAUGAGUUUGUGGUUUUGCAAUCGUAGUCUGGAUGUAGGGGUCACAAUACAACUUGAGAAGGAGCACGUUAGAUUGAAACAAGGAGGUGAAAUUAGAAAGCUGAUCAGUGAGCAUCAUGAGAAACAGUCUUACAUGCUUAUAUGCUGAGGUAGUGCUUCUUAAGGUCAUUAAUGAGUGGAUGAGAAUGGGUAGAUGAGACCAUGUGUAUAGUGCAGUGAGAAGCCAACCCUUUGGUUAUGCAAGGGUGUGAUGCACUUUUUCACUGGGACCAGAAAUCGGCCCUGGCAUUUGUAACACACCGGCCCAUUUCUUUCCUCAAGGCCCAGACAGCGACCAAUUUUUUUCUCCCCCUUGUGGGCCCCAUUCUUAGCCUGAUGAUGAUGAUGAUCAUUUUGCACAUUUUGCACAAUCAACCCGGCCCAUCUGGAAUUUUUCACGAAAUGCCUGAUGGCCAGUCCGCCCCUGCACUUUUUAAAUAUUUACAUUGCAAAACACUUUCAAACAGUUUGGACUUUCAUCCUUGACACAGAGAAAACCAAUCAAAUCAUCCUGAAAAUAUGCAGGCUCAUUAUGAAAUGGGCACUUCUUGUUUUUAUAACAGCGAAUAAAAAGUUGAGGCAGGCUACCCAUUUCCUUUUCUACAUUACUUAGAAUCGUAUAUCAAUUCAUACAGAGAGACGUUUGAGUAGCAGUUGAUGAGGGGCCUGUUUGGCAACAUUAAACAUAAUUUGUCCUUUUUGGGUAACGCCUGGGUGGAACCAGUGUCAUGUUGUCCUUUUUAACUCCCUUUAAAAAGUACCAUUUUAAACUGGUUUGGCAUUGAGCCUGAUGUUGCAAUAAUUUGUUUGCAUGAGAUUUUGCUAUGUAUGUCAAAAUGGACCAACAUUUCUGUAUGAAUUAUUGUAAUUGACAAGUAAAUAUUAAUUGAUACAUUGCAUUAAUGCAUUGUAACUUCUAUUAAUUGAAGACCAUUUUUCAAUGGAUGUGUUAUGGUAUUACUAUAUGUUGUCAAUCUAUAGGUUGUGGUGGAUGUUCACAAUGUUUAAAUAUGGUAAAUACACUAUAUAUAAAAAAGUAAGUGGACACCCCUUCAAAUUAGUGGGUUCGGCUAUUUCAGCCACACCCGUUGCUGGCAUGUGUAUAAAAUCGAGCACACAGCCAUGCAAUCUCC